UGCAAUGCCAUCUCGUUCGUUUCCGAACGCCUUUUACCGCGCAUCCCUCCGAUAUUAUAAAACAGUCGCGUGCGCGCCGCGCGCUCGCAGUCGUACCGCGCUACCGAGCGAGUCACACGCUCCUGUUAUGCUAAAGUGGUAAUCCCACGCGCUACCAACAUGGAGGGGACCCCUCCCGGCCACGGCGCGCCCGAGCCCGACGAGGGCAUCGCUUCCGACCGCCGCCCGUCCACCGACGACAACGCCGACCUGUCCGACUCCGCGUCCGAGGCGGGCUCGGGCGGCGGCAAGGACUCCGGCUGCGAGGUCGCGCCGGACGUGCAGGAGCCGCCCUACACGCCGCCGGACGAGGAGCUGGCCAACCGGAUCGUGGCCCAGGUCGAGUUCUACUUCUCCGACGCGAACAUCACCAAGGACGCCUUCCUCCUCAAACACGUGCGCCGGAACAAGGAAGGGUACGUCUCCCUCAAGCUGAUAUCGAGCUUCAAACGCGUCAAACACCUGACCAAGGAUUGGCGAGUGGUGGCCGAAGCGUUGAAACGGUCGACGAAGUUGGAGAUCAACGAACCGGGAACGAAACUCCGUCGGAUCGAGCCGCUGCCGGCGUACGACGAGACGACUCCUUCUAGAACCGUGGUGGCCGUCAAGAUGCCCAUCGAUCGCCCCUCGGUUGAGAACGUGUCCAGACUUUUCGCGACCUGCGGCGAAAUCGCUUUAGUCAGGGUGCUCAGGCCCGGCAACCCCGUCCCGGCCGACGUCCGUCAAUUCCUCAACAAGAAUCCCAGCCUGGUGAACUGUGUGUGUGCGUUAGUCGAGUUUACGGAGUCCGAGGCCGCGAGAGGCGCGCUGCGCCUGCAGAGCUCGGACGAGGAAGGCAUGAGAGUGUACGAGCUGAACGGAGUGCCCCGGGAGCCGAAGAGGAAGACGCCGGUGCGCCGCACGACGCCGCGGCGCCACGAGUGCGAGUACUCGUCGUGCUGCAGCGGCUCGGAGGCCGAGUACGAUUACAGAUACGGCACGCCGUUCUACAGGCGCAACUCGAGCGGAUUCUUCGCGCCGCGCUCCCCCGAGAUCCAGACGUGGGUGCCGCGCAGGCCGUCGACGUGCAGCCACAGCUCGGACUCGGGCGUGUCGUUCUUCUGCGGCUCGCGGCGCGCGUCGCAGGCCAGCACGGGCAGCGCCGGCAGCGGCGACGGCUGGCUGGCGCGGCGCCUGUCGGGCUGCUCGCUGACGGGCCCGGAGUGCGGCGGCCGGCGCCUGUCGUGCACGCCGCGCUUCGAGCCGCGCGCGCCCGUGGUGCCCGACGGCACGCGGGGCUUCCACGCCGCCGCGCGCCAGCGGAGGAUCUCGGACCUCGCGUUGUACUCGCGCUAGAAAGCGCCCGCCAACCGUGACACCUUUCUAAUCACGUUGGAUAACUGCCUUUCACGUUCUGACCACCUGGUUUUUAAUCUACGAGGAAACGAUUCGUGUUCGCGUGUUAGAUACUUAGUUUAUUGUAAAAGAAUGCACGUAGAGAGUUAGUGAAGCGAGAGUUAAGUUACCUAGCCGUUGACGUCGACGGUGCCCGUCGGCGAUUGUGAUCGAAGCUCAUUUAGUUAGGCCUAUUUAAUAUUUAAGUAACGUAUGUAAUUUAUUAGUAUGUAGUAAUUUAUUACCGCGUAUUUAUUGCGGAUAGGGCGCGCGCUGUGGGGAGUUUUCAUCCGAGUAUGUCAGAGUUGUGAGCACAAAAUUCAUUAAAACAAAAUCGACAUCGCAAAGUUUGUAGACUCAACAUCUGGCGCGAGAUGUGGGUGAUGGCGAGGCAGACGCACGUUGCGUAAAUUGGAUUGCGAACUAUGGAUGCCCGCUGCGCCGGUUACAUAACGACCAACGCAUACAGCACCGCGCUCGCUCGUCGGAACUGCCACCACUGCCAGUUGCCACUACGGGAUGCCACAAUGCGCCGAACCAACCGUCCUUUUACAUUCUGUAAGAUUAAUUAAGAUAAUUUAAGUCAGUCGCGCCAUGUCAUGUUUUAUUUAAGUUUUUUUAUAAUACUAUUUUUAAGUCGUUGUGAUUUUGAUUGCGUUGCGCAACAGUGAGAGGUGUACUAUCCGUUCGGAGCAAUCUCUUUUGUGUUUCAUUACUCGAUAGCAAUGAUACAUUUCUUCAAUUGUAUAAUCGAUGUAUCGCGCUUGUUUCUUACUUACAUAAGUAAGCAAUAUACUGAAGCUUGUUUGGAAUUCUUUUAUAAGUUCGUUAGAAUAGCUGUGAGGGGCGAGUAGCUUAGCGCCUCGGUUUUAAGGCUAAUCUUAGGAUUUGAGGAUGUCGUAACGCACAAAGCCUUAGGUGCUAAGCUGGCCGCCCCCCAACCUUGUCAUAUCGACCCUAAUCUGUCUUGUGUUGUCCCGCACAUGUUAGAAGUUUGACAUGUGAAAUAUGAAUUUCUUUGAAGCUAAGUGUUCGUAAUAGUUUUGACGUUUUGAUAACAUAUUGGUGCUAAUUGAGUCGUAUAAAACAUUUCAGUUUGGAAGUUAAAACAUCAUUUACUAUAUAUUUCGAUAACGACUUCUUUUAUCCAGUUCUACAUGCGAGAAUAAACCUGAGGACCUGGUUCGAUUCCAGGCGAAUGUAAUUUGUAAAUAAGCUUUGGCUGUCGUUAAUUAUUAUUUAAUAAUUAAAAAGAAGAAAAUCAUGUUACAAAAGACAAAUAAUAACCUUUUGUAAUCAUUAUCAGUUAACUGCACUUGGCACCAAUGUGAUCAUCCAUUGUUGUGUUAGACAUACAUGUUAUCAGCAAAUCAUACACUGUAAGCUAUAAUAAUUUCUCUUUAAGAUAACCCUGCCAAUGCCAGGCAAGCGGUACGUUUUACCCUACUAUUUUUAUUUAUAUUUGUAUUAACUUAUUGCGUUAAAGUGUACUUUGAUGAGUUGCGUCACAAAUUUUGUUUGUAGCAAUUAAUUACGUAAUUAAUGGGUAUAGUAGAGUAAUGAACCUAAGCUCUAUACAUCUAAGAGUUUUUAAGAAAAUGACGGUCUAACUAAAGAUUCUAGUGGAUUGUAAUCUCACUAGUAAUAAUUGUCAAUACCAGACACAUUAUCAGCUGGGACGUUAGCAAAUUGGACAUAGGCCUCAUUUAAGGAUUUCCAAACACCAAGGUCUAUCCCUCUAACCCAUCAGAUAACAGAAGGUCCAAACAUGACCUUAGCUUUAAAUUAUACAGAAAAUAUUUGAGUACUAAAAUUUAAAGCAGUUAUUAAUUGUUGCUUAUUAUAUUUUGAUAUAUUUCUACAAACCUUGUAGGUUUGCGAUGCUACUCCAUUCGGUAUGCUGUUUCUUUAUUUAAUUCUACCCUAUUUAUAGAAGCUAUACAACAAUCUGUCAAUUUAUUUUCUUGAUUAAAUACACUUGUUAUUUUAAAGUAUAAAAUGUUGUGUAUUGUUUUUUACUACCGUGUUAUACACUACCAAUGUUACUCAGAAAAUCUUUUCUAUAAAUGUUGGCGAUUCAAAAAUAUCACCACUUGAAGUAAGUUCAAACCGUACCUAAUUGUUCUUGCAUCAAAAAAUAUAGACACAUUGUAUAGAAAAAUUGUAUUGGAGUUUUCCACUAUUCAGGUAUGUAUACUUGGAAAAAUAGACACUCUCGAUACACUACUAUUACGUAAUUUGUUUACAUCGCUUCCUUUACCAAUAAUGAAAUCAAUUCAUACUGUCUGAUAGCUUCCAUCCGCGCAGAAUUCGGUAUUUUUCCGACGUUAAAUAUACGUCCGGUCUCAAAGAAACAAAAAUAUGUUACUAAAACUCAAUAAAUAUUCUUCCUUUGAAAAUCAAAAUCUGCUUGCUCAUAUUAUCAAUCACAUUUCAUCCAAUAACACGUAAAAUUGAGCCAAAAAGUAUCCAUGUCAAUAUCAAAAAACAAGUUAAAUCUAUGUUUGUGCCAAUUUUUAUCUGAAUCCUUAUAAGUUUUUAUGUAUAUAGGUAAAUAGGUAAAAAAAUUCAAAAGUACAAUCUUCCAUAGUUAAAAUAUAAUCAGAUUUGACAUGAAGUCCAAAAAAUUAGUAAGGUCGUCUCGAUAGUUCUUAGCACUGUGCACCUAUAUACUUUAUGAAAGAAAAAGUUGACCCAACAAAAUACCCUAAUGAGACCUUUUUUAUAAUUUUUAUAAUCGUUUUUAUAUUUGUUACUCCAUAAAAUGAUAUAUUUCAACAUUUGAUUUAUUGUUUUGUACCGUUUUGUUAAUAACAUUUUGCUUACAUUUCGUAAGCAAUUUGAAUUGAACAUAAAUUUGUAAGUGCUAAAUCGAAAAUUAAAUGUUCGGUAAAUUAAACGUCUCCAAUUAAUGCAUUUAAUACUUAACGCAAAUUUGUUUUAUGCUAAAUCAUCAUCAUGGUAACAUCUUUUAAUUCUUGUACCAUAAUAUUAUAAAGUGUUAAUUUUGUCGUAUUCUGUAUAUAUUAGCAUCUUUGUAUUUAUCGUAUUGAAAUUCGCUUUUAUAAUGCUAUUUUUCCGAGUAAGUACUUAGUUAAUGUUAAUUUUAUCCGGCACAAUAAACUCGGAUCUGUUGCGUCCUCCUCGCUAUUGUAAUAAUGGUUUUUAAAUAUAACUUUUUUAAAGAA